AUGAAUGCCCAUGAUUCUGCUGCAUUGAUGGGGAGGAUCGACAUGAUAGAAUACCUUACAAAGAACAAAGUGUUCACAAUUGGUUCAAAUGAUAUGUAUCACAGUGCGAUCAAAGGUGGACAUCUUCAUGUUAUCGAUUAUCUUCUCAAGAACCCUGCCUAUAGGCAGCAUUUGAAAAAAGAUGUCAGUUUACACGGAGACAAUCUAAUAGAUAUUGCAGUCAGAGAGAAUCAAUUAGAGAUCAUAGAAAUGUUGUUUGACAAUGGAAUAAAGAAACAUAGUCAAUUUAUAUUGGAUGAAAUUGUUAAAACCGGUAAUUUACAAAUGAUGCAAUGGUUUCAUAAGAAUACCAAUGGAAAAUCUACUACCGAGUCAAUGGAUCUCGCUGCUUCCAAUGGUGACAUAAAAAUGGUUCAAUGGUUACACGAGAAUACUACUGUCGGAUGUACCACCUGGGCCAUUGACAAUUCUGCAAAGAAUGGAUAUCUUAAUGUUAUAUCUUAUUUACAUCUAAAUAGAACAGAGUCUUGUACAAAAAAAGCUAUGGAUUAUGCAUCGAUGAACAACCACUUUGACAUUGUUAAAUGGCUUCAUUUCAAUCGAACUGAAGGGUGUUCCAGCCUGGCCUUAACAUACUCUAUUAAUAAUGGUUCACUUGAGAUGAGUAAUCAUGCUACAAUGAUUGAAUGGUUACUCAAAUCGCUAGAAAUACCUAUAGAGAAAGCUAAAAUCACCUAUCAAUCAGUAAUAGAUAAAUAUCAUCUAUUUCCAAACUCAACAGAGUCAAUUAAUGUAUUAAAUCGACAUAUAUCACAAUAA